CUGGCUUAAAGCCAAAUUAACUCUGGGCGUACACAAAAAUACAAUGCAGCAUGGAUCACACCCUGAAGCAGGAAGCCUUGCCGAAUGCCAUUUCCGGGCAUGACUGCAGAAAUUGGACGGCUUUGCAUGAGGCUGUUGCCGCCGGAGAUGAUAAGAGAGUGCAAGUUCUGCUCUCCAGCAAUGCCACAGAUCGCUUGGCCAGGGAGUCCAGUCAGGGGAAUACCCCAUUGCAUGAGGCCGCCAGUCGUGGAUUGAGUCGCUGUGUCAAAUUGCUCUGUGCCCCGCCCACAUCCGCGAAAGCGCAGCCGAGUCAUGGCAAGGAGAAGAGCCGACUGAAGUCGCGGGUGGCGAACACAAUUGAAGCCUUGCACAACAGCACGCUGAGCAUCAUUAAUAAUGAGGGACUCUCAGCUCUGCAUUUGGCUGCCCAAAAUGGUCAUAAUCAAAGCUCACGGGAAUUGCUGAUGGCCGGCGCCGAUCCGGAUGUUCAAAAUAAGUACGGGGAUACGGCGCUGCAUACGGCUUGCCGUUACGGGCAUGCGGGCGUUACCCGUAUUCUGCUCUCCGCCCUGUGUGAUCCCAACAAAACCAACCUGAAUGGAGAUACCGCAUUGCACAUCACCUGCGCCAUGGGUAGGCGCAAAUUAACCAGGAUUCUGCUCGAGGCAGAUGCGCGUUUGAGUGUGAAGAAUGCCCAGGGAGACACCCCACAGAGUAUUGCAGUCCGCAAGAAUUAUCGGGAAAUAAAUGAAAUACUCAGCACUCCAAAGCGCAUACGUAAUCGGAGAGAAAAGCCAAAGGAUAAUGAGAAGACGGAUAAAGCACUGGACAAGGAUAAGGAUAAGGAUAGGGAUAGUGUGGAUAAGGCUAUCAAUUGGUCACCCUAUGGUUGUCAUUACUUUCCCGAUCCACGCAGCUUUCCAUCGCCUAAGCUAGAGACCUUACCAAAAGAGCCGCUGAAGCAGGGCGAGCAAUAUUUCCUUGAUCUCGCUGGACACAUCCAUAAGGGUCCUGUGAGUGUGGGCAACACCUGCUACUGUGGACCCUUCUUCCGGCACAUAGAGAACAAAUUGAAUUGCAAUCGUAAGAGCUUGAAGAAAUACGUGCACAAGACCAAGGAACGAUUGGGACACAAGGUCCAGGCGCUGGCUAUAAAGACCAAUGAUCAAAUCGAGCAACUCACUCGCACCAUGAUCGAGGAUCGGAUGCGGUGUGAGAGCAAGCGGCAGUAUCUCAACGAAUAUCUACGACGCGGUGAACCCCUGCGCUCCACAUUCGACAAUCAGACCAAGUGUACCAGGAUAGAGAGAACAUUGUCGCGAUGCCGCAGCUUGGAUCUACUGGAGAGCAAUUUCGAGAGCAAACAAAUGCCCAACUCGAAGAGUGUUGAUAUUCUCGAAGAGAAUCAAACCGUCGUGGACGUUGUUUAUCAUGGCCACUCAAAAGAUGCGACAGCUGAGAGCGAUUCAAAUGGGGACACGCAUUCCAAUUCCAGUGCUGGUGGAGUUGAGGAUGCCAUGGCCACGCCCCAUUCAGCAGCUCAAGAAGAUUCAAAGCAAUCGAAACUGGAUGAACUCAAACUUGAUUUUCUGAAAGUAUCCGAGCGACUGGGAGAUCUGUUGGAGAAGACUACUCUAAUUAUGGAGCGAGAUAACGAGCAGGAGAACAAACUACAGCUUUGCUCUUUAUCGCCGGAGCAAAGUAAUCCGUCCAUGCACAGCCCAGAGAAUCAAGAAAACAAAGAGAGUCCCAAUUAUGAUGGCUAUGCGAAUGGUCAACGACGCUAUCCCAACUCGAGUGAAACAUCAAAUCCCUCACAAAACUCCAAUAGUUGGGAAUUUGGAACAACUCCGCCGGAUGCCCAAAAGUAUUAUCAUCAUUGCAUUGGCCGGGGUGAAAAUAUGCUGAAUACAGUGAUUAAAGCACUGCGCAAGGAUGCCGCCUUUGCGGAUCACAAUCAGGACGACGUGGCGCUCAACCAAAAUGCAGACAGAUUGUGUGGCGAUAAGUUGAUGUAUAAGGAACAGAUCCAUGAGGCUCCAUCGCCAUCUUGCAGCACAGAUGCGCAACAGUUGUAUCCAAACUGUCACAAAUCCAUGUCCAAUCUAAUGAAACGCCAGCCACUCUGUCUGGAGGAUAACUUUGCAGCACAUCCCGCACUUUUUUACACAAAUCCCAUGGGUAUGCCUCAAAUCUCUCCGGUUGGACUGCAGAUGAGACAAAGCUCCAACGAGGCUGCGGGCAAGGUGGAAAUUAAAAACGGCGAAAUUAAAUACCUGAAGAAACCCAGUACGGGUCAAGUCAAGGAUAUGGUGGCACAAUUGCAGGGUAAAAUUGAUUGCAAUCAAAAUUCUGAUAAUGAACUGGCUCUGAGCUCCGAAGUGCACAACUUGAAUUAUGGCUUGCGGGGCAUUGAAGACACACCUCGACUGCCCUUACAAAAUCCUUCCGCUCUCUACUCAAGCCACAUGCGAACGAAUCCCCAACAGCUGAGGCACAUACCAAAAGAUGCAUACUUCCACGAUCUGCCAAAUCGAUCAAGAGAACCGCCAAGAGUUCAAAACAUUUACUCAGCAGAUUUGGCUAGUGCUAGAUAUAUGCGAGGUUAUGGUCGACAACCGGAAUCCCAGUCUCCCAGUGCACCACCAACGCUCCAUCUGCAGCCAAAUCAUCAUCAUCACCAUCAUCAUCCACAGGAGCUACUGCCUGCAGAGUAUAUAAGCCGCAAUUCAAAUUUGGUCAAUGGCAACCAGCCUCAACAUCUGCACGGGAAUGUGUUACCAAAUGUCAGCUCUAUAAGAGCGCAUCCGAUAAUCUUUCGAAAUCCGCUGCCACAUGAUGAAGCCGAUCUAGAUGUGGAUGAGAUCGCCGCUGUUGGCUUAUACAAUAAUGUUUCCAGCCUAGUUUAAGGAUACUCAAAGUAAAUGUAAAGAAAAUAUAUAUAUAUAAAUGUG